UGCAGAAGGAGAAAAGAAACAAGAAAAGAACAAGGGAGAAGAGGUGCCACCAGGUCUCCAGUUUCCACAGCUGCUCCAGGCAGAUCUGUCAUGUGGACACUGACGGUCCUCCUGCUCCUAGCUCCGAGCACUGGUCAAGCUGCCACACUGGAGAAGCCCAUAUUGUCUCUACACCCACCUUGGACCACAAUCUUCAAGGGUGAGCGGGUAACCUUGCGAUGUGAUGGACAUUACCCUCUGCUCCUGGAGCUGCGACCCAUCAGCACUCUCUGGUAUUUGGGCCACUUACUCCUCCCCUCCCACAAGAAGAGCAUCGAGGUGCAGACGCCAGGGGUGUAUCGAUGCCAGACAAGGGGAGCACCCGUCAGUGACCCCAUCCACCUCUCCGUAUCUAAUGACUGGCUGAUUCUGCAGGUGCCCUACACGGCCGUGUUCGAGGGCGAGCCGCUGAUAAUGCGCUGUCGCGGCUGGUACGACAAGGUGGUCUACAAGCUGCACUACUACCACGACGGCCAGGCGGUGCGCUAUUUCCACUCGAGCACCAACUACACGGUGGUGCAGGCUCGAGCCAGCGACAGCGGGCGCUACCAGUGCUCGGGGACCAUGCGCAUCCCGGUGGAGAGCGCCCCCAUGUUCUCUGCCAAGGUUGCCGUGACCGUGCAAGAGCUGUUCCAGACGCCAGUGCUCAGGGUGCUGCGCCCGCGGGAGGUCCGCGGCGCCGCCCCCCGCGGGGUGACCCUGAGCUGUGAGACGCGCCUGCACCCGCAGAAGCGCGACACUCCGCUGCAGUUCGCCUUCUACAAGUACAGUCGCGCCGUGCGCCGCUUCGACUGGGCCGCGGAAUACACGGUCCCCGAGCCAGAAGCCGAGGAGCUCGAAGCGUACUGGUGCGAGGCGGCCACCUCCACUCGCAGCGUCCGGAAGCGCAGCCCGUGGCUGCAGCUGCCCGGGCAGGGCUCUCCCCUGGAGCUGGCGUCCACCUCCGCCCCGGACCCCCGGGCGGCAGCCUUGGCGCCAGGUAAUAAGCCGCUUUCCUUCAGAAAGCCUCCAGUGUCCAGGUCGGUCCCGUUGGUGACCUCCGUCCCAAAUGCUACCUCAACCGGGCUGCAGUUCCCGGCCGGCCACAGCGCCCCCACUGCUGGGCCACUCGCCUGCGCUCUGCCCACGCCUGCGGGACCCGGGGCCGGAGCGCUGAAACCCGACAUAGACCUUCUCCUCCGGGAAAUGCAGCUGCUCAAAGGCCUUCUGAGCCGGGUGGUCUUGGAAUUAAAGGAACCACAGGCCCUGUCGGAGCUCAGAGGGACCCCCGCGACCGCCACUUCCCACUUUGCUGUGAGCCCUGGAACCUCAGAGAACACUCCAGUGCAGACCUGAGAGGCAGCCUCCGUCUUCCCUCCAGAACCGCUCCUCCCGCGUGUGCCCUGCCUUUCCUCAGUGCAGACCUUUCAGAGCCACCUCUGUUCUUUGUUUUGCUGUGAUUAUAAAAGAAGCACCCUGGGGCCGAGGAUAUAGCUCAGCUCCUGCCUGGCAUGUGCAAGGUCGUGAGUUCCAUCACGACCCGCAAAAAAGAAGCACCCAUAAAGCCGAUUUCAACCUUGCAUAGCAGUUUGUAACCACAAACAUUUUCCCUGUUUCUUCUUCCAGAGUUAAGUAGAGAAACAGAAAUCUGCUCGUUAUUAACUUCGAGGAUUACAGUUUGGAAGUUAAUUCAGUCAUCCUUAGUCAUCGGUAUAUAAGCCUGGCAAGUACUUAUUUCAGCACAAGUAAUUUUCUUUUUGUUAUUAAAUUCACUGAGGUCACCAAACACUUUAGAAAAUUUUAGGGUCAUGUUCUAAUUGCUCACAAUGAAUUUACUCUCUUGUUAAUAUUAAAAAUGACUCUGCCCUGUUA